UGUCAAAUUGUUUAUCAGUUUCAGUUCUUUUUCUUUGGUUGUCUAGGUUAUAAGUACGUAGGGAACAUAAAAUAAAUUAAGAAAAUGACGACAAUAAUAGUUAACGACGAACAAGAUCUUAUAAAUAAAUUAGUCUCGUACAUAGAGAAGAUAUCAAAUGAUUCCAUUCAAAACCGCGGGAAGUUUUAUAUUGGACUUUCCGGGGGUUCUGUGGUCAAAUACUUGUGUGAAUGUCUUCCGAGAGUCGACACGGACUGGUCACAAUGGGUCUUGGCCUUUUGUGAUGAGAGAGUGGUACCAGAACAGAGCGAGGACUCUACUUUUGGCACUUACAAAAGAGAACUUCUUCCAAAAGUAUCGCUUAAAGAAAGUCAGUUUAUAACAAUCAAGCAAGGUGUUGGAGCGGCUGAUGCAGCAAAGGACUAUGCAGAGAAAUUGACUGCAGCAUUUAACAACUCUGAUUAUGUAUUUGACUUAUUGCUACUUGGCAUGGGCCCUGAUGGUCAUACUUGCUCCUUAUUCCCUGGUCAUCCAUUACUAGAAGAAGCCUCUCUGAAGGUUGCUGCUAUCACCGACUCACCAAAACCUCCUCCAGAGAGAGUGACUCUGACUUACUCAACUAUAAACAAUGCAAGGAACUGUUUAUUUGCUAUUUGCGGAGCUGGUAAAGCAGAUAUGAUUAAACGCAUUCUGGUGACCAAAGAGGAUUUGCCCGCUGCGAGAGUCAAGCCACACAGUGGCUCCCUCUACUGGAUUCUCGACGAGCAAGCUGCGCAACAUCUUUAGAUGGAUCGGCAAUAAGCAUACAGAAUUAAGAAUCGCCACAAUUAAAGUAAUGCAAGGUAUAGUUUAGUCAACUGUAAAACUACAAAAUUUUAUCUCCAUAAUAUUAAGAAAGCUGAAAAAUCUUUACGGUUUACGGCGGCGUCUUUUUUCCACUGUAAUGAUGUACUGAGCGAGGUGGGUGGUAAACCCUCAGAAAAUACCUACCUAGUACGUCAGGCCAUUAGGGUAAAGCCAAUUAAGAUGAAAAGCUCCCGUUCUUAAUAUGAAAAAUGUGUAAAUAAAAUAUUAGCCAUUAGGUGAUAUGGUAGCUUGUGUUUGUAUUAAGCUAAGCAAAAAGUGUUCUGUAUUUUUUGUAAUCAGGAAAAAGAACAUUCUAAAAUGUUUGUUGACAUUGUGAUGACACACAAACUUGGUGCAUUUAUAUUCUUUUUUUUUACAUUCCUGUUAUAGUAUGGUUUUAAUAAAUAUUUUGGGUACAAUUUUUUUAAA